ACACGUGUAAAAUAAGAAGUGAAUCUUUGCUAAUUUUGUUUUAAAACAAGUGUUUUGUGUAAAAUAUUAAUUUGCUUAUUAUCUACUAUCUAUAUUUGGUUUAUAUUUUUAAUAUCAAGUUAUCUACUAAUAUUACUAUGUCUCCGAAACCGAAUGAAAAUAUUUCAUCGAAUGAGAAAACCUUCUCUAGAAUUGUAGCUGAGAAUGAUGGCGAAGAAAUUGUAAUAUCAGGAAUGUCCGGACGUUUUCCAAAUACAAGGAAUAUUGCAGAAUUUGAAUAUAAUCUUUUUAAUAAGGUUGAUAUGGUUGAUGAUGCUGAAACAAGAUGGAAACAUUUUAAUACAGAGAUUCCGAAAAGAGCUGGAAAAUUAUAUGAUUUAGAAAAGUUUGAUGCAAAUUUUUUUGGAAUUAAUUUUAAACAAGCACACGCAAUGGAUCCACAAAGUCGUAUACUAACUGAAUGUGUAUACGAAGCUAUUUUAGAUGCUGGUGUUAAUCCUAAUGAUUUACGUGGUUCUAAAACUGGUGUAUAUAUUGGUGCAUGUAUAUCAGAAUCUGAAAAAAGUUGGCUUUAUGAAAGAGUUCCAAGAAAUGGUAUUAGUUUAACUGGAUGUUCUCGUUCUAUAUUAGCACAUAGAAUUUCAUAUUGCUUUGGUUUAAAUGGUCCAUCAUAUAUCAUUGAUACAGCAUGUUCAAGUUCAAUGUAUGCCUUGGAUAAUGCAUUUUCAGCAUUAAGAAGUGGUGAAAUUGAUGCGGCUAUUGUUGGUGGUGCAAAUUUAAUAUUGCAUCCUUAUGUCACAUUACAAUUUGCAAGGUAUUGUAACUUUCUAUUUAAAUUUCAUAUAUGUAUAUUAAUUUUCUUAGUACUAAUUUUAUUUUUUUUUUUUAGGCUUGGAGUACUUUCAAAAGAUGGAUAUUGUAGGCCAUUUGAUAAAGAUGCAAGUGGUUAUACAAGAUCUGAAGCUAUAAAUUGUUGCUUUCUUCAAAGAAAAAAAAAUGCUAAAAGAAUAUAUGCAACAUUGAUUUAUUCAAAAACUAACUGUGAUGGCCAUAAGGUAGAGGGUAUUACUUAUCCAUCUGGACAAAUACAAGAAAUUUUAUUGAAAGACUUUUAUAAAGAUUGCCAAAUUAGCCCAGCUAAAUUAGGAUACUUAGAAGCUCAUAGUACAGGAACUUUUGUGGGAGAUCCUGAAGAAUGUAAGGCUAUAGAUAGUGUCAUUUGUAGUCAACGUACGGAGCCUUUACUAGUUGGUUCAGUUAAGUCAAAUAUUGGACAUUCCGAAGCAUCUUCGGGGCUCUGUUCUGUUAUUAAAGUGUUACUUUCUUGUGAAAAAGGUAUGGUACCGCCAAAUAUUAAUUAUACCAAAUAUAGGCCUGGCAUAACACCUUUAGAAGAAGGCCGUUUAAUUGUUGUGGAUAAACCAAGAAAAUUUUAUAGUCCUUACAUAGGAGUUAAUUCUUUUGGUUUUGGUGGUGCAAAUGCUCAUGCGCUUUUUAAAAGUAAUGAAAAAGAAAAGAUUAAUAAUGGAAUCCCUGACGAUAACAUACCACGACUUGUCGUGUGGGCUGGACGAACAGAAGAAGCAGUUCAUGAGAUUUUUAAUGCAAUUGAAGGAAAUUAUUUGGACCAAGAGUUUAUAGCACUUAUUAAUGAUAUACACAAAAAACCUAUAGAUCGUUUGGUAUACCGCGGUUACGGUGUGUUUGCUAAAAAUCAAAAAGGCAUUGCAGAAUGUUUAUCAAAAGAGAUUGUCUACAGUCCAGGUCUUAAACGACCUGUUGUAUUCCUUUUUAGUGGAUUGUCAUCAGAAUGGAAUAGUAUGGGCGCUGCUCUCCUGGAGAUUUCCACAUUCAAAGAAACUGUUGAAAAAUCCAAUAUGAUUUUGAAGCCACUUGGUGUUGAUAUAUUUAAAAUAUUGACCUCAUCAGAUUCAAAAAUAUUUGACAACACAGUAAAUGUUUGUGUUGGAAUUGCAACAGUACAAAUUGGUUUAGUUAAUAUACUCAAGGUUCUUGAUCUUGAACCUGAUUAUUAUGUUGGACACUCAAUCGGGGAAUUGGCAUGUGGUUAUGCUGAUGGUGGUAUUACAAUGGAACAGGCAAUUUUGGCUGCAUACUACCGCGGAAAAGUUUGCGAAGAAAUUGAAAAAGCCAAUUUUAAAAUGGUUUCUAUACCACUGGGCUAUAAAAAAAUUACAAAAUUUUUACCAGAAAACUUGGAUGUUGCGUGUCAUAAUAGCCUAAAUUCAAGUUUUGUUUGUGGACCAACAGAAGAUGUCGAUAAAUUUGUUCAAAUACUCAAGGAAAACGAAGUUAAAGAAAUUAAAAACCUUCGAAUAAAUGUGCCAUAUCAUACUCGUUAUGUCAAACAUCUGGGUCAAGCUCUAUUAACUUGCAUGAAAAAAGUAAUCCCACAAUCUGUUCAGAGAUCACCUAAAUGGUUGAGUUCCAGUGUGCCAAGAGACUCAUGGCAUGAAGUUGAGAAUCAAUUUUGCUCUGCUGAAUAUUUUGUCAAUAACUUUUUGAACAAUGUAUUCUUUGAGGAACUCAUUUCAAUGCUACCAUCAAAUUCAAUAUUAAUUGAAGUUUCACCGAGAGGUCUUUUACAACAUAUUUUACAAGAUUCUGUUCCUAAUGCUAAGUAUAUUGAAUUAUAUCAAAAAUGUGAGUCUUUUAGUUUAAAGCCAUUUUUGGAAUCGCUAGGAAAGUUAUUCUUAAAUAAAACUUCAAUGUCGUUAAACACAAUAUAUCCAAAAGUUGAGUGGCCUGUUUCAAGGGGUACAUCCAGAUUGUGCUCGUUAAUUAAAUGGGAUCACAAAGAUGAUUGGUUUGUUACAAAAUUUGAAAACAUUAAAGUCGAACAAACUGGAGAGCAUACAUUCAACAUAAACUUAAAAGAUGAUGAUAAUGAAUAUUUGAGUGGUCACAUGAUUGAUGGUAGAAUUUUAGUCCCAGCAACAGCUUAUUUACAAUAUGUUUGGGAAUCAUUUUCUUCAAUGUAUCGCGGUCCAGUUUAUAUGGAUAUGGCAGUUGAGUUUCAAGACGUAAAAUUUUUAAGAGCAACUCAUUUAAGCAAAGAUACAAAAGUGAACUUAACAGUGCUGAUUGAUUAUGAAAGUGGACAAUUUGAGGUUUCUGACACGGGAACAACUGUAGUAACUGGAAUAAUUCGCGAAAUUUUAGAUCCUAAACCUCCCAAACCGCUGCCAAAACCUAAAGAGUCUUUAUUCCCCACAGUAUCUUCAAAAGAUUUUUAUAAAGAAUUGCGUCUUCGAGGCUAUCAUUACAAUGGUGGUUUUAGAUCUGUUGAAGAAGCUAGGGGGGAUGGUUUGGCUGGAAAAGUAAGAUGGAAUUUCAAUUGGGUGACUUUUAUGGAUUGUUUAUUACAAAUUCAUAUUUUGGGCACUGAUGCACGUUCUUUAGUUUUGCCAACCAAAAUUCACAAACUACGCAUUUUUGGUAGACACCAUAUUCAACUUGUAAAUGAAAUGGACCCAGAAAAUCAAAUUUUUGAUGUUACUAUGAGUAGAAAGUUCCAACGACUUGUGGCUGGUGGAAUUGAAAUUAUAGGCCUCCACGCAAGUCCAGUCGCUCGUCGCAAAUCUCCAGGGAUUCCAGUUCUAGAAAAAUACCAGUUUUUACCACAUUUUCCAUCACCUAAGUUAGACGUGGCAGAUGCAGUAAGAAUAUGUGUUCAACUUUCUUUAGAAAAUAUUCCAAGCUUUAAAAUGCAAAUAGUUGAGCUUGAUAAUUCCAAUAGUAGUGAUUAUGAACCCAUAAUUUCCCAUUUUUUAAAUGCCAUAGAAGAUUUGCCGUUAAUUUCAGGGGAUUAUACUUUGCUAACAAAUAAGGAUAUCACAAUAGAAGGGAUUAAAAUCGAGAAAGGAAAUCUACCAGAACGGAAUGAUUGUACUUUUGUUGUCGCUACCAAUUUACUAGAGAGCAAAGAACGGUUAGCAGAAGCGGCAAAUAUUUUAGGUGAACGAUCAUAUCUCGUUUCCAGAGAGGUAAUUAGUUUUGAUAUCAGCGCAAUUCAAGUGCCAAACGAUUUUGAAUUGAUUGGUAUUUUUCAAACACAAACUGAUAGUCUGGUUUUAUUACAAAGUUUGAGCAAGAAACUAAGUGCAACUCCAACAAUAUUACAAAUUUCUAAUACUGAUAAAAAAUUUUCUUGGAUAAGUGAAGUGCAGUCUGCAAUAUCUAAAGGUCCAGUAAUUUUGUAUUGUCAAAAUGAAAAGUUUAAUGGCCUUUUAGGCAUGGUUAAUUGUUUACGCAAAGAGCCUGAAUGUAAUUCAAUAACGUGUGUUAUAAUUGAUGAUCCUAAUGCACCCCCAUUCAAUAUCGAUAAUUCAUUUUACCAAAGGCAACUCAAGAAAGGAAUGGCUAUCAAUAUAUAUAAAUAUGGACAAUGGGGAACCUAUCGUCAUUUGCAACUAAAACUGCAUAUUGUGCCAAAACCAUCAAAAGACCACAUUUACACUAAUGUAUUGAACCGUGGUGAUUUAUCAUCGUUGAAUUGGUUCCAGGGACCGUAUUUAGAAAAAAACAAGGUAAUCGAUAUUCAGUAUGCAUCCCUAAAUUUUCGCGAUGUUAUGUUAGCGAGCGGGCGUUUAGCUGCGGAAAUUUAUGGAGAGAGCCGCUUAGAGCAACAGUGUCUUUUAGGAUUUGAAUUUUGUGGCACUGACGUACUAACUAAAAAACGAAUAAUGGGUAUGACCGAUAAAGCGGCUUGUGCUUCAUUUUUAACUUACAAGCCCCGUAUAAUGUGGGAGAUUCCUGGUAGUUGGUCAUGGGCAGAGGCUGCAACUGUACCAUGCGUUUAUUCAACAAUAUAUUAUGCUUUCUUUUUUUCAACACAAAUUGAAAAAGGGAAAUCAAUUCUGAUUCAUGCUGGUACUGGUGGUAUUGGUCUGGCUGCCAUAAGAACUGCUUUCGCUUAUGGAUUGGACGUAUUUACAACUGUCAGCACACCACAGAAGAAGCAAUUCUUGCUUGAUACAUACCCCCAGCUGCAAGAGAGUCAUAUUGGCAAUUCCCGUGACACUUCCUUCGAACUAAUGGUAUUAAAAGAAACUGGAGGAAAAGGUGUAGACUAUGUCUUGAACUCUCUGUCUGAAGAUAAAUUACUUGCAUCAGUUAGGUGCUUGGCAAAAGGUGGACACUUCUUAGAGAUAGGAAAAUUUGAUAUGGUUAGUGAUUUAAAAAUUGGUUUGGGAGAUUUUUCAAGAGAAUUAACUUUCCAUUCGGUUCUUGCCGAUAAUUUGUUAACAGCUGAACCUGACAAAAUAUUGAAAAUAAAAGCAAUGGUUGAUCGAGAUUUGGCAAAUGGAAUCAUUCAACCAUUACCAAGGCAUAUUUUUAAGGCUAAUGAAAUAGAAUCAGCAUUUAGAUUUUUAGCCUCGGCCAAACAUAUGGGGAAAGUUUUAAUCCAAAUUAGAGAUGAAUUAUCUCUUGAUACUACAAUGAGCGUUAAGGUUGUUCCACAAAUCUAUUUUAAUCCAAAUUUGGUUUAUAUUAUACCAGGUGGUCUAGGGGGUUUCGGCCUUGAAUUGGCUGACUGGUUAGCUAUUCGUGGAGCAAAAAAAAUUGUGCUUAGUUCAAGUCGAGGAAUAUCGAAAACAUAUCAGAGUUAUAGAAUAGCGUUGUGGAGUACAUAUAAUGUCGAAACUGUAAUCAGAACUGAUGAUAUUUCCACCAGAGAAGGUUGUGAAAAUCUGAUCAUAGCCGCAAUGAAAUUAGGAAAAAUUGGAGGUGUUUUUAAUUUAGCUGUACGCUUAAAGGAUUCAAUUUUCCAAAAUCAAACUUCUGAAAAUUUCAUUGAAAGCAUGGCACCGAAAGGUUUGGCAACGUUGUAUUUAGACGAAAUAACGCGCAAGAUGUGUCCUGAUUUGGAGCACUUUGUUGUUUUCUCAAGUGUGUCAUGCGGACGUGGAAAUGCUGGUCAGACGAAUUAUGGGAUGGCUAAUUCGGUCAUGGAAAGAAUUAUUGAGGAUCGUGUUGCUAAUGGGUUUGCUGGAAAAGCAAUACAGUGGGGUGCUGUUGGUGAAGUUGGUUUGGUGGCUGAUAUGGCAGAAAAUAAAAUCGAUAUGGAAAUUGGAGGAACAUUACAACAACGUAUCUCAUCGUGUCUUCAAGAAUUGGACACCCUCCUGUCAACACCGGAUGCUUUAGUAGCUAGUAUGGUUGUGGCUGAAAAGCGUAUUGGACGAAGUGGUACUGAGAGUAUAAUGGAAACAGUGUUAAGUAUAAUGGGGAUUCGAGAUUUAAAGUCAGUUUCCAUGAGUUCAAGUCUUGCUGAAAUGGGAAUGGAUUCAUUAAUGGCUGUUGAAAUUAAGCAAACAUUGGAAAGAGAUUUCGAAUUAAUAUUAACUCCACAAGAUUUAAGAGGUCUAACAUUCCAAAAAUUACAAGAAUAUUCAGAUUCUAGAAAUAAGGAAGGUGCUGACAAUAUUAAAUUAAAUGUUUCGGUCAAUGACCAACAGCUGGGUAUGAAUCUGUUGGUUCGAAAUGUAGGAGAUACCGAGACUUGUAUGGAAACUCUUAUUGAUAUGAGCACAUUAGUUAAAGCAGAGAACCUUAAUAAAAAUCCUAUAAUUAUCAUACCAGGUUUUGAGAGUGUUUGCGGUAAUGCUUGGAAGGAAUUAAGCAAAAACUUGUUUUCAAGAGCAAAAGUUUUACAAACUUUCAAAAUGUCAAAUAGUAAAUCAGCAGAUGAAAUUGUUGAUACUGUAUUUGAGGAAGUUAAAAUGUCAUUAAAUAAGUCCAAAGAUUUUUAUAUUGUUGGAUAUUCGUUUGGUGCUGUAUUAGCUAUGGAAAUUGCUGCAAGACUAGAAAAAUUAGGAUAUACAGGACAAAUUUUGAUUUUAGAUGGAUCCCCAAUACAAUUGAAAAAACUUCUUAUUGGUUUUAUGGGUGAAAAUCAUACCGAUAAUGACAUUACAGAUCUAGUUCUUACAUUAGUUGUAAAUCAAGCGUUUCCAGAAGAGAGACAAGAUAAAAUUGGACUUACAUUUUUACAUGAAAAAACUUACCAAGAUAAAAUUAAGAAAUUUUCAGAAUAUCUUCAAAAACAAAAUAAAUUUACAUUAGAAUAUAGUUUGCAAUUGAUUAGCACACUAAUAAAUCGUACAACAUUAAUUUCAUGUGGUAUUGAAAUGAAACAUGUAAAAUCGCCUAUUACAUUAGUACGGCCAACUUCAGCUUCAGUUACAGAUAUUGUAGAAGAUUAUGAAUAUUCAAAAUAUACAUCUGGUAAAGUAAUUGUAAAAUUUGUUGAAGGUAAUCAUACAAGUAUGUUGGAUAAUAAAAUUGUGACUGAUAUUAUCAAUGAAUAUGAUCCAAAUCUACAUUAGAAUUUUGAAAAAUAUUUGCUUGAAAAUUUAAAGAAGAAAAUUAUUAUAGUCAUUUUAUAAUUUAUAUAAGAUAUAAAAUUUAAAAUUAAAUCAAAAAAAAAAUUCAAAUAGUUAUAUGCUCUAGAUUGAAGCAAUUUCUUUUCAAUAUUGAAACGGGUAUUAGGCGAUCGUCAUUAUAAUAUAAAAUGUAAUUUUAAUAUAGGUAAAUAAAUA